AUGUUGAUCGACAUUUAUGUGCGUGAGCUCCUUAACCUUGUACUAGCACAAGCAAAAGUUGAGUCCGCCUUGCCCGAAUCUGUUUUACGAGCAUGGCAGAGAUCCCAUGCAACCGAGGAGAAAGGCGACGAUCAUCUGAACCGGCUUAUGAAGUUCCUGAAACGCGAAGUCGAGUCGGAGGAGCGGAUCCAGCUCGCGCGCAGCGGGAUAGCAUCGGGUGACAGUUUGCAUAGCGUUCCUACUCAACAACCUACCGCGGCAUGCUUUGUGUCCACGGAAGACGCAGAGUUGCAAAGGAAUAACAUCACGUUGAGCGACGUCGGCGACGCGGCCGCACCCGACAUCGGGCUACUGAUCGGCGCGGAUCACGCAGGCGCCUUGCUCACUAAAAGUUUUCUGGAACUGAACAAUAACCUCGUUGCGAUUAAAACCAAAUUCGGUUGGACUCUUCAAGGACCCAUUAUUACAAACGCAUGCAGUGUCUUGACGAACGUAGUAUUGGUGAAUAAUUUGCAGAUAUCAGAGCUUUGGGACUUAGAAACUCUUGGAAUACGAGAUCCAGCGGAAGUUGCGAAUAAGGCGAAGACAGAUACAGUCAUAAUGGAUCAGUUUAGAGACUCGAUCAAGAUUAAUGACGAAGGACGGUACGAAGUUGACUUACCGUGGAAACCAAAUCUUGGAGAACUCCUUGAUGACAAACAUUUAGCUGAAAAGAGACUGAUGUCAACAACGCAGAAGCUAGAAAAGCUAAAAGAGUUUGAUAACUAUGGACAUGUCUUCGAAGAUUGGUUAAACGACGGCAUAAUCGAAGAAGUUGAUGACGCAUCGAAGCCUAAACACUACCUGUGCCAUCACGCUGUCAUUAAGAAUACCAGCCUCACUACACGAGUUCGUCCGGUCUUUGACGCGUCAGCGCGAGAUUACAACGGGAAUUCGCUUAACUCGUUUCUAGAAAAAGGCUUUAAUUGUCUGGAAUUGAUUCCAAAACUAUUGAUAAAGUUCAGAAAACAUGCUAUUGGGAUAACGUCCGAUAUUAAAAAAGCAUUCCUGCAGAUAUCAUUGAAAAAAGAAGAUAGACAAUAUCUGUCAUUCCUGUGGUGGAAGAAUAAUGAAAGGAAAGAGUUUAUAACCUACCGCCAUUGUCGAGUCGUAUUUGGUGUAACUUGUAGUCCAUUUCUUCUAAGUGCGACAAUAAACUACCACUUAGAGAAGUACACCGAAGAGUUUAAGGAUACAGCCAAACGACUAAGAGACUCAUUCUAUGUUGACAACUGUGUCAUCAGUUUAGAAUCGGAAGAAGAAGCCGAAACCUUCAUAGAAGAGGCAAAAAGAGUUAUGUCAGAUGCGAAAUUUCAUUUAAGAGGUUGGGUGACUACUCCCAUGUCCAAAUGUAUAGAAACUAUUUCAAAUGAAAAUAACUUGUCUGUACUCGGCCUUAUGUGGGACGUCAAUAUUGACCAAUUAUUCUGUAACGUCAACUUCGCACAUGGUACUGGCAUAAAAGAAAACGUUACAAAAAGGAGUUUGCUCUCUAUAACUCAGAAAGUUUUUGAUCCUGUCGGCUUGGCAUGUCCAGUGACACUUGUGCCUAAGCUAAUAUUACAGAAAACUUGGAAUUUACGCCUGAGUUGGGACAGUGAGCUACCUGAUAAUUUACAAAAAGAAUUUUUGGAGUGGUCUAAACAUAUUCACUUGCUGAACGACUGCCGAAUCCCACGUCGACUUACUUGUAAGCCUAUAGACAAAUGUGAAAACAGUCUGCAUGUCUUUUGUGACGCAAGCAAGGUUUCAUUUGCAACUGCUAUCUUCUUACGAAGUGAUUAUGAAGGAGAAGUCACUGUACAACUAGUCCAAGCCAAAUCGCGCGUGUCCCCAAUCCAUGAGGUCAGCAUACCGCGUUUGGAACUGAUGGCAGCAUUGAUUGCUACACGGUUAUAUCUUCAGGUUAAACAAGCCUUAGAUAUGUCAAACUGCCGCGUUUUUUUCUGGACUGACGCAAGUGUAGCUUUUACCUGGAUUACUACUGAAGGUGAUUGGAACAUAUUUGUCAAGAACAGGGUUAAAGAAAUCCGACGACAUACAAACGUGGAAGAUUGGCGUCACUUACCAGGCAUAAUGGACCCUGCCGACUUACCAUCUAGAGGCUGCAACGCCAAACAACUGCUGAAAAGCAAAUGGUGGGAGGGACCUGCCUGGCUAAAAGCAAAAGAAAGUGAAUGGCCUAACUCUCAAUUAAACGUAGAUAAGCGAGAAGCUAGAUGA